AUGUCUUUCUCUGUCUACAGCCAAAUUGGCGGCUCAGAUGACCACAAAUACAAGCUCAUGCAGCUCCCGAAGGAGUUGCUCGAGUACUUGAAAACGCCGGAUAACGUUUUGGAAUUCAAGCUGCCGCUGUCAAGGAAAAACCACUUGGUUCUUUGUACCGAGUCCGAAACCUACACAGUCAGACAAAUGAACCAUUCGAACACACAACUCGUUGUCGAGGAUUUGCAAGUUCCUGCCGUCGGUCGGAAAUUGAUGGGUCUGGGUCCCGAUUCCUCCAGUAGUCUUCUUGCUGUUGGUCUGUGCUCGUAUCUAUACGAGCUUACACCUUCACUGGGCGAAAUUGAGACCGCCGGGUUGCCGCUCUACGAUGGUACAGCAGAGCUGCUUGUCGGGUCCGUACCUCUCUCUGUGGAAUCAUUGAUGCAGAGCUCGCCAAUCGCCCGCACAUGUUUCCAGUCUCAAUGGCAUGCGCUUUGUGGAAGUGAGAUCGAUGGUAUCGCGGUGAUUUUAUCUCCGGACUUUGUCACGAACGUGCUUUAUACGAUCAUUGCGGUGGCAAUUGCUGAAAAGUGGUCGAGCUUCACUUUAGAGGAAAUGGCGCCUCGCUUGGCCAGUGAGAAUAGUAAAUUUACUCGGCUGGUACUAGAAACAAUUGCCGGGAAAUUUUGUGAAUGCAAGGACAAUGAGCUAUCUUUAAAUAGACCCGAGAUUGCCAAAUGGUUUGGAAUCAUGUCGUUGAAAAAGUUGGCGACCGCUACUAGCGACAAGGACCUACUACUACAAUGGAAGUCGAGUCUCCCGCCCUUUUUCAAUGCGCUGUUGGACUUGAAGGUUCUACGGGGCCACUUCUACAGGCCGUUGGCAGGAAGAUUACAAUAUCUAAAUAAAGAAACGCUUAGUCCGGAGAUCCAUGCCCGGAUCAAGGACAUGUUCAAGAUCACCAAGGAUUGGGACUACGACGAGUUCUUGCCCUACGUGGAGGAGUUCAUUCCCGCAACCAAGAAGGCCGACGCCGUGAUUCUAAAAUAUGCCAAGAAGAAAAGGAUGGGAAAGCUGUUCGUUGUGUGUCCUAGAUGA